GUGCUACUAUAUAGGACGGCUGAAUAAUCGUUUCCUUUUUACUUCAAUUGUGUGUCGUGUAUGGCGUGUACGCACGACAUAGUUAUAAAUUAGUUCAUUUUGCUCAAAUAAUAUCCAUCACAACCUUUUUCGUAAUUUAUUUAGAAUAUCGAUUUUUACUCAUUACAUAUACAUUAUAGCAAGUGUGUGGUUAACUAUCAAUAGUUAUUUUACAAUGCCAUACGAUAUUCCAAAAACUGUUUCAAAAAUUUAUAUUCAUACUGGAAAUGUGUUAAAUGCUAAUGAAUUAACACAAAAGGCUGGUCAAAAUGCAACUCAAGAGGUAAUUGAAUGUUUGAGCAUUUGUCUGUCCAAGUAUCCCUCACCAUUUGCAUUAAACGAAAAUAAUUUACAUUUAAAAUGUGAUGAGUGCUACAACACUGAUAAUGAAGAAGAUUUAGCUCUCAGAACAAGUGUCAAGAUUUUUCUUACCACAAACGAGGUGGAUGUUUUGGAAGAUUCGUUAAAAAAUCUUUUUAAAGAAUUGAACGAAGAAGUUGUAGAUUCUGUAAUUUUAGCAUUUAAUCAUGGUAAAGAUACCUUGUUAGCAGAUUUACUAACUCUGUGGUCUAUACUUGAAGGAUAUGUUAACAAACAGAAAAUCACACGUAUAGGUGUGAGUGACAUUGACACAGAUCUGUUCAUUUCUCUGUACAAUAACUCAAUUAUUAAACCAACAAUUGUACAAAUUAAUUUGAACUCUUGUUGUGUUGUACCAGAAGCCCUUCAAGAAUUUACUAAAGAUAAUGAAAUACAAUUAUUGACACACAGUGAUUCGAAAGAAAUUUUACCCCAAUCGUGCUUAGCUGAAGUUUUUGGUGACCAAACUGAACUAAAACAAAAAAUACCUAAGCUUGAAUGGAUGAUAAGAUACCUAACUCAUGUAAAGUGCAGAGGAGUUUUAGCAAGUAAAGGGUACAUAGUAUGUCUUAAAAGAUCAUAGAGUGAAUCCACAUGUCUAGAAGGCUAAUGAUGUAUACACACACAUUUUUUUAUUAUUAAAAAAGUUUAUGAAUUUUAUACUUUUUUCUUCGAACAAACUAAAAUUGUUACUAAACAAACUAAAUAAAUUGUUAUCAUAAUAUUUUUA